CGCUCUCUCGAGGAAAGGGGGCCCUUCUCGGGUGUGUGUGUGUGUGAGACUUUGUUGUUGAGGUUGCCAAGCGUUGAAGGAAGCAUUUACGAACAGAGCGCCGGAGCACGUCGGAGGGGCGUUGAUUGUGCGCGGUGAAUGUUGUUGCUAGAGCUCCAUAACGGUUGCGACGUUGUUGUCUCUUGAUGUUGUUCGUUGGGAGGCGCGGAAGUGCGGAAGCUCCUGUGUGCUGUAGCAUAGUCUGGCGCUGUGGACGUGAUCAUCGAUAGCAAUGAGACAUAUUUUCCCGGAACACGCCGGGCAGUUUUCGAAGAGGAUCAGCGAUAAGGUUUUAAAAAUCGAGAACUCCGUUCCGAAUGAUAAGCGAGCCGGAGAAUGCGUGAAGCUUGGGGAUAGGAGAGUUCUGCUGAAAAUGCCAGGCAAUAGAUUGAAGUCAGCCAGCUCCUCUCAUCAAGCGCAUCAAGUGAAGGAUCUGAAUGGCAGUGACAACAAAGUGCAGGAGACGGUUGAGAAUGGUCGUGUGAAGGACGAAGAGGAAGGGUCGGAAGAAGGUCCGAAGCGACCCCAGCCAGAUGGAGUGAACCUCCAGUGGGGCCAGAAGAAACGAACGCGCAACAAUAAAUUUGACACUAAAGCUAGUGUGGAGGAGUCAUCAGGAGCUAAGAAUUCGAUUUCAAGGCCAGGUAGGCGUGUUGUUAGGGCUGAAAAAGUAUCUCCUUCACAAGUCAAAGCCCCAGCUGUCGCCCCUUGCUCGCAGUUGCCACUCAAAUCGAUCAACGGAAGCAGCAGGAGAGAUAUCAGAGAUGCAGAAGGAAAUGGAGCGACAACCACUGCCAAGAAUUUAGAUGCAAACGGUGUCCUCGAGAGUGAAGCUAACGCAGCUAGAAAUGCCGAUUUGAGCUCGCAACCUCCACUUGCUAAUCCUGAUAAGACAUCUAGCGUCCACGCUCAUACUGCAGCUCUCCCAACUGUCAGUACAAGACCUGAUGCGAACAGUCACCUGGAAAAAAUCGCACCCUCUGGGAAAGUUGACAUGGAGCUCUUCCAGUGGCCGAAAUUUAUUAUAUCUUUGACUCGGAAAGAAAAGGAGGACGAUUUUUUUGCGAUCAAGGGAUGCAAGCUCCCAAUUAGACCCAAAAAGAGGUUGAAGCAUGUGGAGAGGACUCUUCAGGUUAUGAGUCCUGGGAGCUGGCUAUGUGACUUAACGAGGGAGCGGUAUGAAGUACGAGAAAAGAAAUGCAUCAAGAAGAGGCCGAGGGGUCUGAAAGCCAUGGGCAGCGUAGACAGCGACUCUGAUUAGGGAUUUUUUGGACUGUACAGUAGAUCUGGAUCCACUGGAAUGCACAUUAAAGGAACCGUAUUUCCAGAUCUAACUGCAAACUUGCAUUCUUUUUUUCUCUUCUCCCAAGUUUGUAACAUUCUUAAAGAUCAGGCACCCACGUACUCUUCGGCUAAACGUCUGCACGGAGUUGUAUUGUCAUUAUUAAAACUUGAAUUCCUUCUGAUGUAGUCGACCUUAUAGCCAUUGUCACAUGAUGCCAUGUACGAAAGUAUCAAUGAAAAGGUGUUCUCAAAGGUGGAUGAUAUAUCAGCCCUUGGAGUAUCGGCUUGCUACAGUUUGGAGCCCAA